AUGGAGAAAGAUUUAGUAGUCUGGAUAGAAAAUGACAACGGCUAUGACAUUUCCUUAAGUCAAAGCCUAAUCCAGAGUAAUGCCCUAACUCUCUUAAAUUCUGUGAAGACUGAGAGAGAUGAGGAAGCUGUAGAAGAAAAGUUUGAAGAUAACAGAGAAAAGGGAGAGAUUUCCCUGAAGUCUGCGCUUUUAGCACUGAAGAGCUAUAGACGUUUCCAAGAUUUUAGAGAGGUUAAGGAACUUGCAAAGGCCUUAGAAAAAGUCACCAAUGAAAAAAUUGAUGUUAAUGAUGUAAAAUCUGUACCGAGAGGCCUGGGGAUUUAUUUUCCUGAGGAAGAAUUACAGGAGGUGCUUGGAUCCAUUUUUGAUGAUAAGGAAAAGGUUGAUGUCGAUGACCUUGACACUAUUCUGGAUAAAAUGGGAAUGAAUUUCUUUGAUAAGGAAUUUGAAGAACGACCAAACAAUCAGCCAGGAGAGUUGGUAAAUGUCAGAGACUUGGACAACGUAUUAGGAAACAUGGGCAUUGAACUUACCAAAGAAGAACUUGGAGAAUUGACAAGAAGCCUUCCAGUUAAUGCUAAAGGGAAGACUGAUAUGAAAUCAUUGAUGGAUACAGUACAAAUUAUUACAGGAGGAGAAGUUGAUGUCAGUGACCUGGAAAAUGUUGUGCAAAAUAUGGGGAUAGAGCUCACACCUAGAGAGUACCAGGCACUAGAGAAAUUACUUCCAAUUGAUGCUAAAGGAAAAAUACAUAAGAAUAGGUUGCUGAAUUAUGUGAAAGCUAUAAAAGGAUUGCAAGUUGAUAUUCAUGACUUUGACAGUAUACUUGGAAACAUGGCAGUCAAACUCACAGCUGAGGAACUUAAUGAUCUAACCCCCAAACUACCAGUUGAUGGAGUGGUUGAUGUCAGUGACAUGAAAAAAGUUCCAAAAAAUGUGGAAACAGAACUUAAAGAUGAGGAACACUCAGAAGUGGUGAAUAAACUGCCAAUUGAUGCUGGAAAGAUUGAUCUCGGUAAAUUAAUGGAUUCGGUGAAAACUAUAACAGGAGAAGAGUUCAAAGUUAGUGGUAUGAAACAUGACCUAGAAAAUAUGGGGCCAGAGCUUGCACUUAAAGGAAGUCUGAAGCUAAUGAAUCAAACAUCGGUUGAUGGUAAUGGAAAAGUCUAUCAAAAAUUAGAUGGUAGGAAAUCAUCCAUCAAUGGUAGGAAAGGAGAGAUUGUUGAUGUUAGUAAACUGGGCACUAUUUUGCAAAACAUGAAUAUGAGACUUGCAGAAAAUGAAGUUAAUGACCUUACAAAAAACCUUUCAGUUGAUGGAAAGGUUAAUGUCAAUAAUCUGGAUGCCGUUCUGGGAUGCAUGGGGAUCCAACUCACAGAAAAAGAACGUGAAAGACUGAUGGAAAAUAUGCCAAGUACUGGAAGAGCUACUGAUAUCAAUGACCUGGAAAAUGUUCUAGAAAACAUGGGGAUAGAGUUCACAGAUGAGGAGCAAUUAAAACUAAAGAAAAGUCUGCCAAUUGGUGGAAAAGCUAUUGAUGUCAAUGACCUGGAAAAUGUUCUAGAAAACAUGGGGAUAGAAUUCACAGAUGAGGAGCAAUUGAAACUAAUGAAAAAUCUGCCAAUUGGUGCUAAUGGAAAGAUUUUUAAAAAUAGGUUGAUGGACAGUAUAAUAUCUCUUAAAGGAGGGAUUUUUGAUGUCAAUAAAAUGGAUGCUUUCUUGGAAAACAUAGGAAUGAACCUUACAGAAAAUGAAAUUAGUGACCUGACACAGGAUCUGCCAGUUGAUGGUGAGCAUAUAAGAUAUAUUUGA